AUGAAAGUCAGCAGCAACCGAAGCAACACAACAAGCGAGGGCUGUUUCGCGUUUGUUUCUUUCUUAACUUCUCUUACCAGUUCUCUCUUUCCUUCAAUUCCUUUAACUUCAUUUACCAGUUCUCUCUUUCUUUCAGUUUCUUUAACUUUUUUUACCAGUUCUCCCUUUCCUCUAAUUUCUUUAACUUCUUUUACCAAUUCUCUCUUUCUUCUAAUUUCUUUAACUGCUUUUACCAGUUCUCCCUUUCCUUCAAUUCCUUUAACUUCUUUUAACAUUCUCUCUUUUUCUUCUAAUUUCUUUAACUUCUUUUACCAGUUCUCUCUUUCCUCUAAUUUCUUUAACUUCUUUUACCAGUUCUCUCUUUCUUCUAAUUCCUUUAACUUCUUUUACCAGUUCUCCUUUUCCUCUAAUUCCUUUAACUUCUUUUACCAGUUCUCUCUUUCCUUCAAUUCCUUGAACUUCUUUUACCAUUCUCUUUCCUUCAAUUCCUUGAACUUCUUUUACCAGUUGUCUCUUUUCUCCAAUUCCUUUAAAUUCAUUUACCAGUUCUCUCUUUCCUGCAGUUUCUUUAAAUUCUUUUAUCAGAUCCCUCUUUUUUCAAUUCCUUUACCAUUUUUUCUCUCCGUCAGCCAUUUUUUUCAUACAACGUUCUUUUACUUUCAUUUGUUUUUUGUCAGUCUCCUCACGUUUUCGUCCGCCAUUUUCCCUUCAUUUACAGUUCGACAAUGUUUUUGUUUUUUUUCUUCUUUUUUGUAUUUGUGCUUAAUUCCUUUUGGUCUUUUUUUUUCUUUACUCACGCGUAUUCAUCUAUAUUUACUUCUUCCUUCAUUCCUUCCUUCCUUCAUUCCCAAUUUUAUUGUGAUUUUCCAUUUUUCUUCCUUCAAAUUUUUUUUUCUUCUUCUUCUUCUCUUCAUUCUGGUCUUUCCCGAACGCAUUGUAAUAGUCACUACCGAAAUUUUAACAAAAAUUUCUUUGAACCAAUGGAUCUUAUUUCUUUUAUAA